AUGGAGGCUGUCGUCUUACUCAAAAUUGAUUCAGCUGGCGCUCUCAUUUUUCUUGGUAUGAGAUUAGGGUUUUGGAUCUCAAGCAACAUAGAUGUCUCUGUUAUCAUAUUUCCUCAAGAUACAACUUUUUCUUCAUCAGAUUCCUUUCAAAGAAUAAAGGUAUUAGGGCCUAACUCAGCCAGAGAAUCAGGAUUUCUUUUCAUGUUGUUUGAGCUUGAUGGUGAUUCUUCUAUGGAGAUUUACUGGAUUAAAGUCUCACUUCAAGGAUACAUUGAGCUCACUUUAGGAGUUCAUUCAGCUCGUUUUAUCAAAUGGGAGUUGGUCGCUUCAAAUGCAAGGAAGAAUAUUUCGUUUACGAAAGGUACCCCAGUGGUAAUCUUGGAAGAUGGCGAAGAUCCAUUUGCAUUUGAUCAGGAUUACAGUGGCUUAUCAAAGAGUUCAAACUUUCAAAAAUCUAUGACCCUAAAUAGCUCAGAGAAGAAUGUUCACAUUACGGAACGUACCCCAACUGUAAUUUUGGAGGAUAACCAUGACCAGUUUGCAUUUGAUGAGGAUGACAUUGAGCCCUCUCAGUGGGACCUACAAUUCGCAGAAACACAAACCAUCUCAUUCUAA